AAUGCAGACGAUAAAUUUAUACGCUCCAGAUAAUUACAUUCAUUUGCAAAGUUUCAGAAAAGUGCCUGCAACUGGAAGACUAAAUAUUGCAAGUGUUGCUCAGAGUUUGGCAAUUAUGUAUUCGUCUUUGACACACAGCCAUUAUUGCAGUGGCAAUAACAUCGAUUGCUCAUCUAUACCACAUCCUACUCCACUAAGAUUAACUGACGCAAGUCCUGGAUUCGGAACGCACGCAUCUCCUUAUAUUGCGUCGCUAGGCUUCGAUUUGAGCUUAAAUCAUCCAGCCGGUUAUAUUUCGUCAACUAGGCCUAACUUCUACUCACCAGGCCAUCCUAGCUUCCACCGUAUUCCGCUGACCAGUACUGCUUAUCUGAACCCAUCAGAUAUUUGGUUUCCUUUUGCAGCAAGUCACCAUGAUCUUUACAAGAUUGUGCGGCCACCAUAUUCGUAUUCGGCUCUCAUCGCCAUGUCGAUCCAGUCUGCAAAAGACAAGAAGAUUACACUAAGUGGAAUUUACCGAUUCGUUUCUGAACAUUUUCCAUUUUACAAGAAAAGUAAAACCGGUUGGCAAAAUUCCAUACGUCACAACUUGUCUCUGAAUGACUGUUUCGUCAAAGUUCCACGAGCCGACGGAGAUCCCGGAAAAGGAAACUAUUGGACGCUAGACCCAGACUGUGAGAAAAUGUUCGACAACGGUAAUUUCCGUCGCAAAAGAAAACGUCGGUCAGAAAACACGUCGCUGACGACAAACACAUCUGGCACAUCGUCACCGUCUGCUGUGAAAUACACAAACACUAACAAUAUCAACCGACCAACAGCACUAGCUGGCCGCUCUGACAUUCUGUCAACAUCUCCACUAAUGUCAGGGGAUUUAUGUUGUACGCGUGUCAGCGCAGAGGACGCACAAUGUGCUAUAUCUGGUGAUUUUCUAUCACAUACUCAUCACAGAAUUGGUGGGCAUUUGUCAAACUUUACUCCGGUACCACCUCUUAACUACCAGUAUGCACCUCGUAACAACUCCGAUUGCGACUUUGAACAUCUGAAAAAGCAAGAUAACACUUCGAAGGUGACAUUACCUCUUAGUUUCAGUGUGCAAAGCAUAAUUGGAGAAAACCUCGACAACUGAGAAUCGUUAACGUGAACACUUUAGCCUACUUAAAACGAUGACAUAUUUGUAUUUCAUUUACACAAGCUUUGAACAGAUUUGUGAAUAGACCAACUAAAUUUUGAAAAGCUGGAAACGCCAAAAAUGUAUUUAUUAACUUUGUGUUCAAUCGUUAAUUUACGAGUGAUUUCCAAUGCAUAAAAGUAGUAACCCGAACGAUAGGUCUACAUUUUAUAAGACUUGUUUGACGGAACCAUGAUGUAUAAAAUUUAUUUUAUCCAUGAACCAAUAGUAGUCAGUGGUCAGUGGCGAAGCUCCAGGGCCCCAGACCAAUGGGGCCCCCGGGGUGUGUGAAAUUAAAAGUUGAGCCCCAACGUUUCACCCCGGGUCCCACGACUUGUCGCUGCGCCACUGAUAGUAGGACUAAGUGUGCCUGAAUGUGCUUGACAAGAACCUGUUGCAUCUUUAAAAUGUUGGAUUAGGAAUAAGAGGUUUGAUUUAGUAACUGUACUGACUUGCAGUGUCGAGUGUUAGAAUUUCCAGUAAAUUUGUUUUGUAUUAUUCUUAAAUUGAUUACCUUGACGUGAUAUUCGUUAUUUUUUAUAUUUAUUUAGGCACAAAGACUAGGAUUUCAAAUAAUAAUAAUUACAUCUUAAGUAUUAUUACGGUACUGGAAUAACGCAUACACACAUGAUGCUCUAGGCUUACAUAAAUUGUAUCUUGUUAUGAGGGUUAUUUGGGUGGGGGUGGAUUUGUUUUGGCCAUGAGAAGAAAUCCUUCACAUGAGCCAGGGCUCUGAGAUUGGAAGGCACUCCGGCACCUUAAUAAGCUACAGCAAUGUUUCACGUGACAUUUAGAAGGUUUAAUCGUGGACCUAUCAUUUUUUUUCAUUUCAUUGUACUUUAAAAUAAUUCACUAUAUACAGCGAUUUAUCCUCUAAAUUUUUAAAAUUGAAUAUAAAGGGCCUACUUAUGUUUACUUAAAUUGAAAUUAUUAUAGGCAUGUUUCUGCUCAUUGUUUUUAUUUUAAUGAAUAUUUUAUCCUCUAUAGGUCAGGCCCGGUGGGCCGGGUCUAUUUAUGUCUCAUCAUUUAUCAAUGGAUUUUGAAAUUUACAAGAACAUUUUUACACCUGCAUCAUCAAGAAGAUUUUUUGUUUGUUGCUUGAA